AAAAAACAUUGGUCUUGUAAAUCAAAAAUAAGAUUUUUCUUUGAAAACUUCAAAGAAAAAGAAAACUCUUUAUCAAUAAUCUCCAAAAUUAUUAUUUUAAUUAAACUACUCUUUGAAAUCAUAUUUUUAUCCCUAUCAAUAAUAUUAUUAUCAUUAUUUAUAUUUUUUUUAAUACAUCCAUUAUCUAUAGGAUUAUUAAUCUUAAUCAAAACAGUACUUACUUGUUUGUUAACAGGAAUAUUAAUUAACACUUAUUGAUUUUCCUAUAUCUUAUUUUUAACUUUUUUAGGGGGAUUAUUAGUACUAUUUAUUUAUGUUUCAAGAAUUGCCUCUAAUGAACUUUUUAAAAAUAUAUUUUUUCUUAUUAAACUUAUUUUUAUUAGUUUAAUCUUAAUUUUAAUAAUUAGUUUUUUUGUCAUUAAAAUUAAAUUGAAUAAAUAUUUCCUUAAUGAUGAAAUAAAUAACUUCUUUAAUAACAAUUUAUUUUUUAAUAAUGAAAAUAAAAUUAGAUUAUCUAAACUAUAUAAUAAUCAAACAUUUUUAAUAAUAAUAAUAUUAAUUAUUUAUCUUUUUAUUACCCUAGUAGCAGUUGUAAAGAUCACUAAAAUUUUUUUUGGGCCUUUACGAUCCUCAAUAUAAUAUUUCAACUAAUGAUAAGUAAUUAUAAGCCUUUACGAAAAACUCACCCCAUUCUUAAAAUUAUUAAUGGAUCACUAAUUGAUUUACCAUCACCAUCUAAUAUUUCAACAUGAUGAAAUUUUGGAUCUUUACUAGGAUUAUGCUUAAUAAUUCAAAUUUUAACUGGAUUAUUUUUAACAAUAUAUUAUACUGCUAAUAUUGAAAUAGCAUUUUUUAGUGUAAACUAUAUUUGUCGAAAUGUAAAUUAUGGUUAAUUAAUCCGAACUUUACAUGCUAAUGGAGCAUCAUUUUUUUUAUUUGCGUUUAUCUCCAUAUCGGACGAGGAAUUUACUAUGAAUCAUUUAACUUAAAAUAUACUUGAAUGGUAGGGGUAAUUAUCUUAUUUUUAUUAAUAGGAACAGCUUUUAUAGGUUAUGUACUACCUUGGGGACAAAUA